AUGGACGAAAGCAACAAGCUGUCGGGCGCGGCGGCGACGGGGGCGGGCAAGCUGAAGAAGCCCGGCAAGCGCGGACGCAAGCCGGCCAAGAUCGAUUUGAAGGCCAAACUGGAGCGCAGCCGCCAGAGCGCCAGGGAAUGCCGAGCCAGAAAGAAGCUCCGCUACCAGUACCUGGAAGAACUGGUCUCCGGCAAAGAGAGGGCCAUCUGCGCGCUCAGGGAGGAGCUGGACAUGUACAAACAGUGGUGCUCGGCCAUGGACCGGGGCAAGAUUCCCUCCGAGAUCAAAGCUCUGCUGACGGCCGACGACCUCCACCGCGGGCCCGCCGACGGCGCCGCCAAGGCGCCCAAAAACGCCAAGAACAGCGCGUGA